AUGGCCGCCGUGGACCCUGCUGCUGACAUGGCAGACAGUUCACAAAAUGAAACGCUUAUUGACGUGACCAACUUUACCCUAGGAGAACUGGACAUAACUUCUGAAGAAUUCCUCCUGGAUGAAGUGGAUGUUCACAUCCAAGAAAACUUGGAAGAUGAACUUGUUCAAGAAGCACUCAAGUCUGGCCUCGAUUUACGCCAAUAUUCCAAACAGAUUGAAUCCGAACUCUUAGAUGUGGAAAAUGCUUCCAUUCAGGACUAUAUCAAGGAGAGUCAGAACAUUGCCAGUUUACACAAACAGAUUGCAGCAUGUGACACAGUUUUAGAGCGCAUGGAGUUAAUGCUGAACAGCUUCCAGACAGACUUGGGCAGUAUUAGUCAUGAAAUCCAGUCCUUACAAGAGCAGAGUAUCACAAUGAACAUCAAGCUGAAAAACAGGCAAGCCGUGCGAGGAGAGCUCAGUCAGUUUGUCGAUGAAAUGGUGGUCCCAGAAAAAAUGAUCAACAUAAUUUUGGACACUCCAGUAACGGAGCGCGAGUUCCUUGAGCAGCUCCAUGAGUUAAACCAUAAAAUCAACUUUGUGAAAGAACAGUCAUUCAAGGAUGCUCGGUCCUGUCAAGAUGUCAGGGACAUACUGGAGAAACUGAAAAUUAAGGCCAUAGCAAAAAUACGAGAAUUUCUCCUACAAAAAAUAUACCAAUUUCGGAAACCAAUGACAAAUUAUCAGAUUCCACAAAAUGCUUUGUUAAAAUUCAGAUUUUUUAAUGAAUUCUUGAUGGCGAACGAGCGUCACGUUGCCAAGGAGAUCCGUGAUGAGUACAUCGAGACGAUGAGUAAGAUCUAUUACUCAUACUUCAAGGGUUACACGAGUCGACUCAUGAAGCUCCAGUUUGAGGAGGUCGCUGAUAAGGAUGACCUGAUGGGUGUCGAGGACACAGCCAAGAGAGGAUUCUUCUCUAAACCUUCUUUGAAGAAUCGAUCAACUAUUUUCACGGUUGGCAGUCGAGGAGCAGUGCUCACAAGUGAACUAGAAGCUGCUGUGAUAGUUCCACAUGCGGCUCAAAAGGGGGAGCAAAAGUUUGCGUUCGAGGCGCUGUUCCGCAGCCAGCACUACGCCUUGUUAGACAACUCAUGUCGAGAGUACCUCUUCUUGUGUGAUUUCUUCAUGGUGUCAGGCCAGGCGUCACAUGAUCUAUUCAAUGCCAUCAUGGGAAAGACUUUAUCAACAUUCCUGAAACACAUGGAUGUCUAUACAAAUGACUGUUACGAUUCUAUCGCUCUCUUCCUGUGUAUACAUAUCAUCUACCGAUAUCAAGUCAUCAUGCAUAAACGUAACGCUCCAGCUCUUGUAAAAUAUUGGGAGACCCUCCUUGAGCGGUUACUCCCGAGGUUUGAAUACAUCAUGGAUAUGAACAUCCAGAGUGUGAGAGAUUGUGAUCCCCAGAGACUCGGCCACAUUGAUGUCAGGCCACAUUACAUCACAAGAAGAUAUGCUGAAUUCUCUGCUGCCAUCGUUGGAAUAAAUGAGACAUUCCCCAACGACCUCAUCAACCGUCUUCUUGCCCAGCUACAGACGGAGGUGGAAAACUUCAUUCUGAGAAUGGCGGCAGAAUUCCCGCAGAGGAAGGAACAACUCAUAUUUCUCAUCAAUAACUACGACAUGAUGCUGAACGUGAUCAUGGUAAGAAGUGAACGGCGCCCCUAUGAACGGACGACAGAUGACUCGAAGGAGUCUGAAAGUUUUAAGGAAUUACUCGCCGCUCGGACCCAGGAGUUCGUCGAGGAGAUACUCGCGCCACAUUUUGGUGGAAUGAUUGCAUUUGUUAAAGACUGUGAGGUUCAGUUGGAGAGAAAUAAUGUUGAUUAUCUCCGAGCUCAAGAAAGACGAGUAACGCAGCUUGUGCGAGGAUUCAGCGAAGAGUGGAAGAGGUCAAUUGAACUUAUCAACCAAGAUGUCAUGCGGUCUUUCUCCAACUUUAAGAAUGGGACCCAGAUUCUUCAGGGAGCCCUGACCCAGUUGAUCCAGUACUACCACCGUUUCCAAAAGGUGCUCUCACAGAAUCCUUUCAAGAACAUGUCUAUUCGUAGCGAGCUCAUCAACAUUCAUCAUGUCAUGGUUGAAGUGAAGAAACAUAAACCUAACUUUUAGGAAAGUUCAACUUGUUGACUUGAAUUCAUUAACGACAAGUUGUGUGUUUAGACAUUUCUGGUUGACAGAAAAUAUUAAGCUUACUGCAUGUACAUUUGUAACUAAAACAACUACAAGUCAUUGUAAAUAAUCAUGUACAUUAGCUAACAAGUGAAAUUGAAAGUUUGUGUCAGUUUGUCUUUGUUAGGGAAAUAUUCAAUUGUAGAGGGACAGAAGACCAUUGAGAUAUUACAUCACUACUUGGUUGAUGGCUGUUCCAUUAAAAAACGUGCAAUUUGUUAAUAUAUUGUUGUUGUUAAGUAAUCAUUCAAAUAAAUCCACAUGAUACGUACAAACAAGCCUAUGUCUUAU